AUGAAGCUCGCUGUCGGAAGCCUGUUGGGUACGUCUGAAAGUGAUCAAAAGAAAGUGGUCGGAGCCGAGGUGGACAGGACAUCACACGCUGUUCGACUGAAGGGCAAAGGCGAAGCCGGGUACUACUGGAGCCAGUGUGCAGUAGCUGAGGAGCCAGGAAGUGGACCCAGAGCUGAACUCCAGACUACCGCAGAUGUUGGUCUGCAGGAGGUUUUAGAUGAACAUAAGAUCAGUCUGAGGAGGAGAUGUGAACGUGUGACUGAAGGAAGUGAUGAAACAGGAAGUAGAACCCUCCUCAACAGGAUCUACACUGAGCUCUACAUCACAGAGGGACAGAGUGAAGAGGUUGAUAUACAACAUGAGGUGAGGCAGCUGGAGACAGCUUCCAAGAUCCUCUAUGACACUCCAAUCAGGUGCCAGGACAUCUUUAAAGCCUUACCUGAACAACAGAGACCCAUCAGACUGGUUCUGACAAAUGGCAUCGCUGGUGUUGGAAAAACCUUCUUAGUGCAGAAGUUCACUCUGGACUGGGCAGAAGGUUUGAAGAACCAACAUGUCAGUGUGGUGAUUCUGCUUUCAUUCAGGGAGCUGAACCUGAUCAGAGAUGAGCAGUACAGUCUUCUGGAGCUGCUCCAUGUUUUCCAUCCAACAUUACAGAAGGUCACAGCAGAGAAGCUCGCUGUCUGUAAACUUUUGCUCAUCUUUGAUGGCCUGGAUGAAAGCAGACUUUCAUUGGAUUUCACCAACAGGAAGCUCAUGUCUGAUGUCACACAGAAGUCAUCAGUCAGUUUCCUGCUGACAAACCUCUUCAAGGGGAAUCUGCUUCCCUCAGCUCUCAUCUGGAUAACUUCCCGACCUGCAGCAUCCAAUCAGAUCCCUCCCACAUAUGUUGACAGGGUAACAGAAGUACAAGGCUUCACUCGUGCCCAGAAGGAGGAGUACUUCAGGAGGAGAUUCAGUGAUGAAGAGCUGUCCAGCAGAAUCAUCUCACACAUGAGGGCAUCCAGGAGCCUCCACAUCAUGUGUAGAAUCCCAGUCUUCUGCUGGAUCACUGCUGCAGUUCUGGAGCACAUGUUGACCACAGAGCAGAGAGGAGAGCUGCCCAAGACCCUGACUGACAUGUACUCACACUUCCUGCUGGUUCAGACAAAGAGGAAGAAGAACAAGUACCUCGAGGGACAUGAGACAAGUCCACAGGAGCUGAUGGAGGCUGACAGGGAAGUUCUCCUGAAGCUGGGGAGGCUGGCCUUUGAACAUCUGGAGAAAGGAAACAUCCUAUUUUACCAAGAAGACCUGGAGCAGUGUGGUCUGGAUGUCACAGAGGCCUCAGUGUACUCAGGAGUUUGUACAGAGAUCUUCAAAAGAGAGUGUGUGAUCUUCCAGAAACCAGUCUACUGCUUUGUUCAUAUGAGCAUCCAGGAGUUUCUGGCUGCUGUCUACAUGUUCCACUGUUACACUGAAAGGAAGACACAGGUGGUGGAGGACUUCCUGAUAAAUAUUUUUCCUCAUUUAUUUGGUGAUGAUGGUGAUGAUUAUAAUGAUGAUGACAUGAAAAGCUCCUCUUUGGAUGUGUUUCUCUGGAGAAUCAUGGAAAAAUCCCUCCAAAGUAAAAAUGGCCACCUCGACCUCUUUGUUCGUUUCCUUCAUGGCCUCUCUCUGGAGUCCAACCAGAGACUGCUACGAGGCCUCUUGGGUCAGACAGAGAACAAACCAGAAAUCAUCCAGAGAAUCAUCAAGAACCUCAAAAAAAUGAAUAGUUAUGAAAUCUCUCCUGACAGGAGCAUCAAUAUCUUCCACUGUCUGAUGGAGAUGAAUGACCUCUCAGUGCAUCAGGAGAUCCAAGAGUUCCUGAAGUCAGAAAACAGAUCAAAGGAGAAACUCUCUGAGAUCCACUGCUCAGGUCUGGCCUACAUGCUGGAGAUGUCCGAAGGGGUUCUGGAUGAGUUGGACCUUGGGAAAUACAACACAACACCCGAGGGACAGAGGAGAUUGAUUCCAGCUGUGAGGAAUUGCAGAAAGUUUCGGUGA